AUGUUUGGGUUGAUUGCUACGCUUUCGCUUGUGGUGGUCGGAGCUCAUUCCGCCGUCUUUUCCGAUGAUUUCGCUUACAACAACAUGCUCCCUCUGGCUGCUGCAGCUUAUUCAGACCAUCCGGAUGCAUGCGUCAGAAAUCACUUUAACGGACAGAUCUACAGAUUUUACAAGCAACACUCAGAAUAUGAGAUUUGGAUAACUGGGCACUCACUGGGAGGUGCAUUGGCAUCUCUGGCGGCAUCUUAUUUAAUCGACUAUGCAUUCCGCGUCAUCCAUGCCAAUGAUGGGGUACCUCAUGUCCCACCCGAAAAGUUCGGAUACCGCCAUCAUAAACAGGAGGUUUACUACUCUGGGCAAGACAUGUUAGCAGGGAAAGGGAAAAUGUGCAACCCCGGUCAAUGCAGCGAUAAGAUUAACUGGCUUACCUACGAUUUCUCUAAUACCCAUAAGUGCUAUUAUGGAAAGGCAUUCACACUAGUCGUUACACUUUGCCUUGCGGCUUCACUCAAUGCUGUCAGAUUAUUUGACUACAACUUCGUUAGGAAUCAAAUGUUCCCUCUGGCUGCCGCCGCCUAUUCGGAUGAGCCAAGGGGCUGCAUACUCAAUCGCUUAGGCUAUAAUGGAACUCAUGGGAACUUGUUCUUUGACCAUAAUCUUGUUCAAUGCGAUGGUUUUGAGAAUGACUGCUAUGGAUUCCUAGCCACACUAACCGAACAGUCGGCGAUAGUUCUUAGUUUCAGAGGCACCAAUUAUCUAAGUCAACUCAAAAACGAAGUUGCCACCAGCGCUGCUGUGGUCCCCAUGGGGUCAGGUGAAGUGUCUUGGUACUUCUACAAUGCCUUCUCAAAUGUGUGGGGAAAUGACGCAAAAGGCGUAAAAGGUCUAGAACGUGCCUUCAAGAACCAGAUCGAACGACACCCUAAGUACGAAAUAUGGGUGACCGUCCAUUCGCUCGGAGGUGCCAUGGCGUCUCUGGCAGCGUAUCACAUCGCCAAAACUUAUAACAAGAUAUCUGAGCGGAUAAAUGAACGGAUAAAGCUGGUAACAUUCGGAGAGCCAAGAACAGGCAAUGCUGCAUAUGCUGAAGACUUCAAUAAAAAGGUAGAAAUUUACAUAAUCAUUUACACAGCAUGCUCGAAUACCCGCUCUGCCUUGCUCUGUCAGUACACUAUGUCAGUAUACUAA